CUCGAUCGCACCGCAUACCUGCAUGGCUGCCGCAGAUGCGCGCAGAAGCACCAGCAGCAUGACGCGAUUUCAUGUUGUGUGCUGCUGCUGCUGGAUGCUGGCUGGCCAGAGCCCGUGCCCGUGCCCGCUCGAUCAGCCUCGCCCCCUUGCUGAGGUACCGGUAUAGUCGUGAUGAGCGAGUCCCUCAAGUGUUGUAUACCGUACAUACGAGGGGGACAGGAGAGCGCGAUCAGCUUGAUGCCCUGCUGUUGCAAGCAAGUGACGGGAGGAUCAGCCUUAGCUAGCAACAAACCCUUACGAAUCUCGAAUCAGAAUCAAGAAUAUGGAUCUUUCAACGGGGGUCUGUCGCCUAAAGAGCAC